UCCCGCCGAGGGCAACCGAAUGGAGUAACGGGCUGCAAUGUCAUCUCCACCUGUCCGCCUGGAGAGAUGUGUCACGGGAAUGGGAUCAGGUUCGAACACUUUUCCUCUGGUUUCACCGACGCUGUGAGGAGGAACCAGAAUGCCAGCAAGCGGACGGGCCACGCGGGCCGCCUGCACCGGCCCUCGCACCACGGCGCCCAAAGUCAGCACUCGUCGCACGUCGGACUCCGGAGAAGGAGGCGCAAAAGCUCCGCGACCUCAAACCCGCCGCAGCAGCGACGCGUUGUGACACCGAAGGGUAUGAUGGGUGCAGUGGGCUGGAUGUUGCUCCUCCUCUCCCAGAUGAUGGUGCCCGUGGCGUCCCAGAAGCCUCCGGGCCUCAGCGUGGGCGUGAUCAUGGGCCAGACGCGACUCAUUCCCGACGAGGACCUCCGGCCGCCUCAGAGCCCCGACGACGCCCUCGACGUCUCCGUGGUGAUCCUGAGGAUCAACCAGACGGACCCGAAGUCUGUGAUCACACAGGUGUGCGAGCUUCUGUCGCGCUCUCGACUCCACGGCCUGGUGUUCGCCGACGGCACCGAUCAGGAGGCCAUCGCCCAGAUCCUCGACUUCCUCUCCGUCCAGACGCAGCUUCCAGUCCUGGGAGUCUACGGAGGCUCCUCUAUGAUUAUGGCUGACAAGGAUGAGAAGUCCACGUUCUUCCAGUUCGGCGCCGCUCUGCAGCAGGAGGCUCUGCUCAUGCUCUCCAUCAUGGAGGAGUACGACUGGCACGUUUUUUCUAUCGUCACUUCCAAGUUCCCCGGGUACCAGGACUUCAUCAGCACGCUGAAGACGACUGUGGAUCACAGCUUUGUGCGCUGGGACCUGCAGAGUGUGGUGACCCUGGACGCCGUGGACCACGACCCCAACUCUAAAUCCCACAUUGCACUCAAGAGGAUCCAGAGUCCCGUGAUACUGCUAUACUGCUCCAAGGACGAGGCUGUGUACAUCCUCGAGGAAGCUCGUUCCUUGGGCCUGAUCGGAGCGGGUUACAUCUGGAUCGUGUCCAGCCUCACCACCGGCAACCCAGACUUUACCCCCGAGGUGUUUCCUCUGGGUAUGAUCUCCGUGUCCUAUGAUGACUGGGAGUACCCGCUGGACGCGCGGGUGCGCGACGGGGUGGGCAUCAUCUCCUCCGCCGCCACCGACAUGCUGCGGGAGAAGGGGGAGCUGCCCGAAGCCCAGAGCAGCUGCUACAGCACGGCGUCAGACAGGAGCCCCGGGAAGCUCCCGCCCAGCGCCCUGCGCAGACACAUGAUGCACGUAUGGAACGACGGGCGCGACUUGUCCUUCACGCCAGACGGUUACCAGGCCAACCCCAAACUGGUCGUCCUCGUCCUGAAUAGCGAGAGGACGUGGGAGAAGAUGGGCCGCUGGGAGAACGGGACGCUGUCGCUGAUGUUCCCGGUGUGGCCGAGGUACAACUCCCACGGGGAUGAGGAUGCGGACGAAAACCACCUGUCCAUCGUCACCCUGGAGGAGAAGCCGUUCGUCAUCGUGGACAACGUGGACAUGCUCACCGGCACCUGCAUGAGGAACUCGGUGCCCUGCCGCAAGCACGUCAAAAAUAACAUCACAUCAUCAGGAGGCUCCUACAUUAAGCAGUGCUGCAAAGGUUUCUGCAUUGACAUUCUGAAGAAGAUCGCCAGGAACGUCAAGUUCACCUACGACCUGUACUUGGUGUCGAAUGGGAAACACGGCAAGAAGAUCAACAACAGGUGGAACGGCAUGAUCGGAGAGGUGGUGUAUAAGAAGGCGGUGAUGGCAAUCGGUUCGUUGACGAUCAACGAGGAGAGGUCAGUGGCCAUCGACUUCUCCGUGCCCUUCGUGGAGACGGGCAUCAGCGUCAUGGUGUCGCGUAGCAACGGGACCGUCUCGCCGUCGGCCUUCCUCGAGCCCUUCAGUGCAUCGGUUUGGGUGAUGAUGUUCGUGAUGCUGCUCCUUGUCACGGCCAUCGCCGUCUUCCUCUUCGAGUUUGUCAGUCCGCUGGGCUUCAACCGCAACCUGGCCCAAGGCAAAGACCCCCACGGCCCCUCCUUCACCAUCAGUAAGGCCAUCUGGCUGCUGUGGGGUCUGGUGUUCAACAACUCGGUGCCGGUGCAGAACCCGAAGGGCACCACCAGUAAGGUCAUCGUGUCGGUCUGGGCCUUCUUCGCCGUCAUCUUCCUCGCCUCCUACACCGCCAACCUGGCCGCCUUCAUGAUCCAGGAAGAGUUCGUGGACCAAGUCACCGGACUGUCUGACAAGAAGUUCCAGAGUCCGUACUCCUAUUCGCCGCCAUUUCGCUUCGGGACGGUCCCCAACGGCAGCACCGAGCGCAACAUCAAGAAGAACUACCCGGACAUGCAUCAGUACAUGACCAAAUACCAUCAGACCGGCGUCGUGGACGCGCUGGUCACCCUCAAGACCGGGAAGCUGGACGCGUUCAUCUACGACGCGGCGGUGCUGAACUACAUGGCGGGCCGAGACGACGGCUGCAAGCUGGUCACCAUCGGCAGCGGCUACAUCUUUGCCACCACGGGCUACGGCAUCGCCCUGCAGAAGGGGUCCUACUGGAAGCGCCUGGUGGACCUGGCCAUCCUGGGCAUCAUCGGAGACGGCGAGAUGGAGGAGCUGGAGGCGCAGUGGCUGUUGGGGAUCUGCCACAGCGAGAAGAAUGAGGUGAUGUCCAGCCAGCUGGACGUGGACAACAUGGCGGGCGUCUUCUACAUGCUGGCCACGGCCAUGGGCCUCUCCAUCCUCACCUUCAUUUCUGAACACCUCUUCUACUGGAGGCUGAGAUACUGCUUCACCGGCGUCUGCACGGGGACGCCCGGGCUGCUCUUCGCCAUCAGCAGGGGCAUCUGGAGCUGUAUCCACGGCGUUCACAUCGACAUGAAGAAAAAGAACCCGGAGCUGGACUUCAGUCCUCAAGCCAACAUGCUGCAUCUGCUCAAGUCUGCCAAGUCCAUGGCGCUGUCUUCCCCCAAACGCAACACCGUCCUCCUGCAGCCCAACAUCCUCGACAUGAUGUCGGGGAAAGGUAACUCACUCCAUAGUCUGCCCUCGAAGGGUCCUGGUCUCUAUAGCAACGCUGCUGGUCCGCACAGUUUCUUGUCAUUGUCCGGGCGACACAAAAACCUCCUUAACAAUGCGGCGCCGUUCCCGGUUCAACAGAAAGCCCCCCCCCUUCAGACCAGCCCCAACAAGCCCCAGCUGUCAAUCACCAACGGCAACGGCAAGACCCGCCUCGCCGGCUCCGCCCUCACCGCCGGGCCGCAGGGCUCAAAGCCCCGGGCCCUGUGGAAGAAGAGCGUGGAGACGCUGAAGACUCAGCCCAGCGUCAUCGCGGGAGGCCCGAGCCCCGCCCCGUCAUCUGGCCCCGGAUCCGGACCGGCAACCAUGAAGAGCCAGCGCUACCUUCCCGAGGAGCCGCCGCAUUCGAACAUCUCGGAGUGCUCCAGCCGGCCGCCGUCGCACAAAGAUUCGGAUUCCAUCGCGGCGGCGAGGGGCGGAUUCAAGCCCAUCAAUCAGCUGAGAAAGAGGGGAGGGGUCGGCGGCGGAGGAGGAGGAGGAGGAGGAGGAGGCGGAGGAUCCAAGAUCUACUCCAUUGACUCGGACCAGGCCAGCCUCCAGUCCGCUCCGCCCUACCAGCGCGACAGCCAGGGGGGCGGCGACGACCACAGCUACCCCCCGGACCCGUACGCGCACGCCCACACGCUCUCCCACCAGGCGGACGCAGCCGUCCUGCAGCUGAGCGCCGGCCUGCUGCACCACAGCCACAGCGCGGAGGCCGACCUGCACUCCCUGAAGGACAAGAAGUACAGCACCUACACACACAGCAGCAGCGCGAAGGACAAAGCCGGCGGGUCGUUCGAGGCUCCGGGUCAGGGCUCGCAGAGCGUCCGGCCCGGCCACUGCCGCUCCUGCCUGACCAAGCUGAGCGGCUACUCCGGCCUCUACGCCGUCCGCUCGCCGCAGGCCCGCUGCGACGCCUGCGCCCACCUGGGGAACCUCUACGACAUCAGCGAGGACCACCUGCACGCGCACUACUCGCGCCCGCCCGGCGGGGACAUGUUCACGCACUACCUUCCCCAGAGCGAGCUGGGCCCGGUGGGCGAAGGGGACGGGCUGGUCAGCCACUUGGAGCCCUCCCCUUCCUCGCCGUCGCCGCUCCUCGGCUCCCCGUCGGCCCCGCACCUCCUGCUGAGCCGCCAGCACUCCUACGAGAACGCGCUCCCGGACGGCGUUCCCGAGCGGCAGUCGCAGCUGCACGCCCACCUGCGGGGGCUGAGCCUGCCGGACCGGGACCGGGAGAGGGAGCCGACCCUGGACGAGGGCGCCUACGCCAACGUCCUCACCAUGCGCUCCGACCGCCCGUUCGGCAGCCGCAGCCCCCCGUCUCCCUCGCACCGCCACAGCGUGGACGCCGCCCCCAUGCCCCUCCCCCGGCGCUCUAAGAGCCUCUUCCCCGACCGCCCUUCUCACAACCCGUUCGUCCAGUCGGCUCCCGGCACCGCGCAGCGAGACCCCUCCCCCCAGGCUGCCGCGCGCCUCCCGCAGAGGAGCUCCGCCCACGAGCUCUACAAGCAGCGGAUGCCGCUGUCGCUUACCCUCGGUAACCACGGCAGCCACCACCACCACAACCAGCACGGCGGCCUCGCCGACCAACAGUUGUUCUACCCCCAGCAGGAGCCCCCCGCGGUGGCCUACAUGGUCCCGCCCGCCGCCUCUCAGCCAAUGGGCUACGUGACAGCGCCGCGAGCCUCGAGCGCCGGCGGCAACCGGCCCCGGCUCUACCGCCGCAUGCCGAGCAUCGAGUCCGACGUCUGAGGGCUCUCGCCGAGACACACCGACACACACGCACACAAGCACACGGACACGCACACUCGGAGGCGAAAGGCGAGGGGCGGUCUGCUCCGGACUCGAAGGAUAACGGCCGUUUCUUUACCGCGCCCUCGACGGGACGUGGUCGGGGCCACGGGGGCCACCUGCAGGCACAGUGCAAAGAUGAGAAGUGUGUGUGAGAGUCGGUGUGUCCCCGGGGGGGGAGACGGUGACAGUGCGACUUGUCCCGCCCUCUCACCUGCCUCUUGGGGAUGGAGGGGACUCACAGAAAGACCCUUUCUUUUUGAGAUCACACACACUCACACACACACACACACACAUUUCAGCUAGACACACCCGCCCCAUGAUUUCUCCGGCCAAACCCGUACGUUGCACUGCCGACAUGCUUAAAGAGUAGAAAACUACACCAGAGUAACUUACUAUCUUUGCGGUAGACCGGACUGGGAGGCGGGCCGCUGGUCUGAGAAGAUGUACAAACACUCGAACACACACACGCACACACUGUGUUUGUUUCUACGGGGGGGGGGGGAGUACAAAAAACCUACCGACUGUUUACCGUUGAUGUCAGUUUAUUGAACAUUCCAAAAAGUGGACCAAACGUGGCCGCCAGUAAAAAAAAAAAAAGCAAGAGAGAAAAAAGCCUAUCAGGACGAGAGUGUGUGUUCUAGUGUUUCUAGAUCUAGAGACACACAGAAGAGCAUCCUUGCUUCCUCUCCUAGCUAGCCUUCAGGUCAUACUGCAUGCUUCCUACUGCCCUGUGUUACAGUUAAACUCCUAUACAGGGUCAUAUAUGCACACACACACACACACACAUAUAUAUAGAUAUGCACAUACACACACACACGGGCACAUACGCAGUAGUCUAGGUUAAUAGAUUUAGGAUGGGUGUGUGUGUUGGAGCUACGCGAUAGCUUCUCUUUGUGCACUUUGUAGAUUUUAUACCCUGCCACCUAACACAGACGUUUGACCAAAAACACUUUUGUACUGAAAAAUAUGAAUAUUCUCAACCAUUCGCUGGAAUAGAUGUUUUCUUUUCUCUUAUUUCUCUUUGGCGUUGGGCUUUCGGGCCCCGUUGAGUUCCCAUCGUGAGGUGUUACCGUGUUAGAUAAUGGGUACGGGCAUCAGACAGUAUACGCAGCAGCGACGACUCUUAAUCUUUCUCUUAUGUUCUUAACUUUUGUAUUCCUCCUUUUCAUCCCCGGCCUUCUUUUCUUCCUUCAUCGGCUUUCGGUUUUCUUCUCUUAAUGGCUCCUCUGUCUUUUGGCUCCGCCCCCUGCUUCCUUCGAUUAUAGAGUAGACCGAGUGUCAGAAGAAUAAAGCUCAGUCGUGGUGGGUUUUUUAAAAUUUUAAACUCGACAUAUUGUUGGAAAUCACUUUAUAUAAGUAGUCGUACGAAUUCCUCCAACUCAACCACCCCUCGUAGGAUACAGUGCUUUUCUCUUUUUCGAACACGUUUUUUUACGCCGAACAAAAGGCCUCGAGGCCCGAUGUGAUGUUCCCGUAGUGAAUUCAGAGGCUGAGUGCAUCACUGUUGCAGAUUUUACUCACCAAAUGUAAACUCCUGGACGGGCGUCGCAGCGGCUCUCACUGCGCUGUGUUCCAGCAGGGCGACUGCAAAGUGACUCGUUACAGAGGCAUAACACACACACACGCACACACACACACACGCACACACACACUCGACGAGCUGGCAAUGUGUGUAUGAGUGUUCUAGAAAUCCAUAAUCGACUGAGGGUAUUGAUUUUGAUGGAAAAUAAGACUUGAUAUCCCAUUAGCUGAGCGUCUGUCUCUAUUCUCUUUCUAUUCGCUAUUUCCUCCUCUCUCUCUCUCUCUAUCUCUCACACACACACAGCUCUAUAUAUAUCUUGCUGCAAAGAAUGCAAGACAGUUUGAACACACAAAAAACGCACCUUUUUUUUUUUUUACGGUGACCGCUGCCCCCUCUUUUGGUGAUCCUACCAGGUUUGGUGUGUGAGUUAUAUGCACAAUAUCAGGUUGCAAUAUUAUAUUUCUGUACAGAGACAUCUUUGUUUUAAAUGUUAGGAAACGGAUAUCAUUUGUUUGAUUUGAAUGGUAUUAAGUGUUGAAUUAAUUUCAAUGGCGACGUGGCUUUUUAUUCUGCUUCUUUAAAAGGACAACAACAACAAAAAGACUGGCAUGUUUUUUGAAUUAUUGUGUGAUUUAUUUUCUCUUUUUUCCUUCUUUUUUCUCUCCCUCUGGUGUGUUGUUGGUUGGGACCUCACUGUACAGUCCUCACUGCCUGGUUAACACACUAGUUAACCACCCUGGUCAGCUCACCAGUUAACUAGCAGCACGUAGCUGGGUCUCUCAUCUGAAUCACACUCAAUGAAUAAUGAGUCCAGCCUGUGUGGUUAAUACGAGCCCCCCCUCCCUCCCUCCCACAUAGAUCUCUUCCACUACGAGUCUGUGUGCGGUUUCACCUCUGAGUGUGAGUGUGAGCGUGCGUGUGUGCGCAUGUGUGUGUGUUUUACACCGCGCAGGCAUUUAUAUAAGUCAGUGAAUGAUGUGUGUAACAAGAGGUUGUUCGUGGUGUGUGUGUGUGUGUGUGUGUGUGUGUGUGUGUGUGUGUGUGCGCGUGUGUGCGUGCGCAUGUGUGUGCGUAUUCUUUUCUGUACUCUCUUCGGUUCGUCCCACACAUAACAUUUGACCCAGCUCUUACUCAUACAACACAAAUACAUCUACACACACACACACACACACACACACACACACACACACACGUUGCGUCUGUACUGUUGUUGGUGAGGAGAGCGUGUCGAGUGAGUUGUGUGCGUCCGCCAUCACACAGAUUAUUAUUUUUUACACCGACCUUUCGUUUGAUAUUCUGAUUAUAAUUCAUUUAUUUUUAUUUUUUUAUUGCAUGACGUGCUCGUGUUUCCGGUGGUACCUAUUUUGCUGCAACACCUGAGUUCUCCCUGAUUUGACCCGAGCGAGGCUCCGCGCGCCGGCGUCUCCCUCCACGCACGGCCGGCGCACUCCGCAUCCGACUGGAGCCCCGGAUGUUCGACCCCCGGCCUGUGACGUCGCCAGGCCGGCUCCCGCACACGCCGGCCGUCGCCAAGCAACACGCGGUAAACGUUUCUCGGCUCUGUCCGACGCGUCUCGUCCGCGCGGCGCUGGGUGGAAGGAGCGCGUGGCCGCGCGGUCCUCCGCGUCUCCCUGCCGUGUAUCUCACUUGUGUCUAAGUUCAGGGGUUUCUAAGCUACUAGUUGUGUUGUAAAUACUACCUUGUCACUCAGUACCUCUGUACAAUCUGUAAAUAAGUAAAGGUUACAUUUUU